GUUCGCAACCACCACCACCACAAUCUCUCUCUCUCGGUUGGCAAUUUGGCGUGUCCCCUCUUUCUCUUUCUCUCUCCUCUACCUCUCGGCGUGGUGGUGGUGAGCGAGAGGGAUUGGGAUAGAUAGGCACGCACAGGGUAGGGGGGACGACGAGACGAGGGAUCAAUCAGAAUUUAGUCACGCACCCAGGAACACCAAGAAAAAGAAAAGGAAAAACCUUUUCUUUCUUUCUUCACUUUGGUUGCGUUGCGUCUCCAAUCCAGCGUGCGUUGAGUAGAUAGAUGGUAAUGCCGCCCACGAAUCCGUGGCGAGUUCUUGCGUCGCAGAGUGGCAAUCUGUAGGAGUUUCUCUGGGGGUUUGUUUUUUUUUUUUUUAACGGAAGAACAGAAUCAAAUCGAAUCGAAUCGAAAGAGAACGUAAAUUAAUCUGUGGUUUCUUGGCGGCGGAUCGAUCGGCGGCGAUCGGCCGGCGAUGGCGCCGCCGUCGAUGGAUUACUGGCUCGGCUUCUUCCGCGGCGCCGGGGACAGCAUCUUCGACGCCAUCGACGCGGCCAUCGCCGUCGCGGCGUCCGACCACCCCGCCGCGCUCCGGUCGAGGCGGGACGCCAUCGCCGAGCGCCUCUACACGGCGCACCUGGUCCCCGGCGCGCCGCCGGCGGGGCCCCCCGCGGGCGGCGGCGCCGCCGCCGCCGACGCGCCGACGGCCCAGCUCCUCCUCCACCCCGAGGGCGCCGCCAGCGUCCCUAGCCUCUGUAGCUCCGACCGCGCCGAGGUCAUCACCGACGACGGCGCCGUCCCUCGCCGCGACGACGACCCCGUCGCCGCCGAGACCGAGCGCAUCAAGGCCAUCCUCCUCAACGACCAAGAAAAGUCGGAGGCGACGUUGCUCGAGCUGCUCCGGCGACUGCAGCAGCUGGAGCUCACGGUGGACACCUUGACGGUUACCGAGAUUGGGAAGGCGGUGAGCAGCUACCGGAAGCACAACUCCAAGCAGAUUCGUCACCUUGUUCGAUUGCUCAUCGAAGGUUGGAAGCGCAUAGUCGAUGAGUGGAUGAGCAGCCGCGACGCCAUUGUAGAUCAUACUCCUCAAUCCAUGCAUCCCUCUGGCUUGGAGCAGGAUGAACGGGGGCUCUCUUCUCCUUCCAUGGAUGAGGGCGCUCUCUUCGCUACGCCGAGCACUUCCAUCCGCCUAUCUGAGGAAAACCAAGGUUCCAAGUUCUUCGAUGGUAUGGAUGAUGAUGGAAACACGAGGAGCAAUGGCGGCAGGGAUAAUGGCCGGCUGUAUACAAGGAAUCAAGAACCAGCUAGAAGGCCGCUGCCGCCAAUGGCCCAGCAAUAUGAUCCAGACCAGAGCUGGAAGCAAGAACAAUCUGCGAUGAGGCAGUCGAGACCACAGGAACUGAGCAAUGGGCAGACGAGAGAGCAAUUCAUCGCGGCGAUGCUUGCAAGGCCCUCAAACCCAGAGUCCGGUCCUGGGCGACCUCAACCGAGGACUAAGCAGCAUCAAGAUGCCUCGCCAGCUCAAGGCAGAUCGCAACCUAUGCCAUCUGAUAAAUCGGCGAGCCAUCACGAUGAAAAUUCAGUUCGGGCAAAGCUAGAACUCGCGAAGAAUGCAAAGCUUGAACUCACGAAUAGUGCAAAGCUAGAGGUGACAAAGAGAAAACUUCAGGAAGGCUACCAAGAAUUUGAUAACGCAAAGAAGCAGAGAACUAUACAAAUGGUGGAUCCACAAAAUUUGCCGAAACAAGCGAACCGGAAUUGGCAGCCUAAUGGCAGGCCGAGGAAUAACAGCAACUUCAACAACAACCGGAAUUGGUCAAGAUGAGGCACCAAUUCCAUCAUCCAGCACCAAGGGAUCAUAGACUCCCAUCUCCCAAUUCCAUCCAAAUUUUUCUUCUUUUUUCGGCUAAAGUUAGUCCAGCCAAGUACAUAAACAGCAAUAAGGCUUUCCUUCAAAACUUGCUUCCAGUGCCACACACACACACCACAAACACUUCUUGAGAGCUGUGUUGCUGGUUUGCACUCUCUUUUAACCUUUUGAUCACGAUGGCUGGUUUUUUUUUCCUAGUGGUUUGUCAAAAAAACUUGUAAAGAUA